AUGGAGGGGAAGUCUGGAACUACGUUCACAAAGGAAAAUCAGAAUGAAGGAGCAAGGGUCCUUGUAAAUUGUGAUAACUGCAUUAUGGUCCUUGUUGGUUCAAAGGCAAACCUAAAUGCUUUAAGUGUGAAAGUUUGGUCACUUGGCAAAGGAUUGCAGUGGGAAGCCACCUCAGGCAGCUCAUUAGUCAAACACAUGGAGAAGAAUGGACAAUGUUCUAUGCUUGUCAUGUUGCCUCUGCAAUCAAGAACAGUAGGUGUGAUGGGAGCUGGAGAUCUUGUUCAAGCCAUUGUAAAGGCACUCUAA